AUGUGGGGCAUGCUCCACUUCCUCGAAGCCGCCUCCUACAUCGCCAACGACUGCAACAAGACCAAGACGCACCUUAUGGGCGGCGGCUGGCAGGCCAAGUACUGGGGCUUCGAGUGGGUGACGCCCUAUGCGACGCUCGACGCCUUCCGGGCGCACUUCCUGGUGACGAUGGCGCUGGGCAUGUGCAUGACCGCCGGCCUGGCGCACCGGCCGGUCGCCUUGGCGCUGCUCGUGUCGCUGGCCUACACGUUCCUGCUCGACAUGAACAACUACCUCAACCACAUCUACCUCAUGCUCCUGGUCCAGGCCGCCUUGUGCCUCGCGCCGGCCAACGCCAAGUGGGCGCUCGACAACUGGCUGAUGGCGAUCGUCUACUUCUAUGCCGGUGUAGCCAAGGUGAACGAAGACUGGCUGCGCGGAGAGCCGCUGCGGCACUGGCUUGCCAAGCGGGGCCACCUGCCGCUGCUCGGCCCGCUGCUGGCCUGGGAGCCGUCGGCCCUCGCCUUCUCCUACGCGGGCCUGGCCUUCGACCUGCUCAUCCCGUUCGUGCUCCUACAGCGCCGCGACUGGCGCCUGCGCGGGGCCGGGAUCGCGGCCAGCCUGGGCUUCCACCUGCUCAACAAGCUCAUCUUUGGCAUUGGCGUGUUCCCCUGGAUGGUUGACAUCAGCAGCGCGGAGUCGACGAAAAAGGAGGCCGGUGCGGGUGAGGGACGUGGUGGUGACAGUAUCGCGCUGCCCCUGCGCCACCUGCUCUACCCGGGCGACGUCACCUGGACCGAGUACGGCCAUCGCUUCUCGUGGCGAAUGAAGCUGCGGAACAAGGCCUGCCAAAUGGAGAUGUUCAUUGAACGCCACCAACCCUUCAACCCAUCCUCAAUUCUACCCCGGGAGCCGUUGGCGGUGGAGCGCUACGUGACGAGGCGGCAGGCGCGCAAGAUGGCCUCGCGCCCGGACAGCCUGCAGCAGUUCGCCCUGUACGUGGGCCAGCUGCUGCGCGACCGCGGCGAGCACGUGGCGGGCAUCUACGCCACCUGCAACUGCACCCUCAACUACCGCCCGGGCGACCGGCAGCCCCUGGUCGACCCGACCCACAACCUGCUCCUCCAUGAUGCCUGGGCGUGGCCCUACGCCUUCGUCACGCCCGCCGCGGCUUGA